AUGCAGGAACAUCAAGCAAUUGGCGUCCGACAAAAUGGACGUCCCGCAUCCUUAUACGUGAAUGACGGCAGCCGGAAGCCGUUAUUCGGCCGGCCAGAAGAUGGCAGUGAAAAUCAAUUGCACGUGUACACGGCCAAGACUCCGGGCUUCUCAAGAAUAGGAAUGGGAGCAGCUACGAGCAUGUCCGGCGGCGACAACGCGACGGGACUACGGAAGCCGAGGCCCGUCUCCGAAGGCUUCUUCUCGACCCGAGACCAGGCAAAUGCCAAUGCCAAUGCUAAUUCCAGUGUGCUCUCAUCUGGAGGCACCCGAAUCCCCCGACUGAAUAGCACGCGCCGAAAGCCCAUAUCGUUGCGCAAGGCCAUGGAGCUCGCAGAGGGUGAGGAAGAGGCGGCAAAGCUGAUGCACGAGGCAGGCCUUGAUGACCCCGUCGCCGUCGACGGCUCGCCCAGUCCAGCUCCCAGGCCUUGGAGGACAAGGACAGCCUCGGAAGUGUCAGAGUUGCAGCGGGUGCUCGGGGCCGACCAUCUGGACACCAAAGGGCGCAGCAAGAUUCCCUCGGCGCGCAACUCCAACCUCAGCGCAACCCUCGUGGGAGGCAGGGAAGGAGCAAUAUCGCCGGCCAGGGCCACCCGCCUCACCGGCACCGAUGGCCUCGUGCGACAGCGAUCGACCGAGUUUGUCAGUCCUGCCAUCCGCAACGCUCUGCGGUCUGGAGCAAACAGAGACGGUACCGCUACCACCGGCACCAGCACCAGUGGGCUCCCUGAACUGGUCCCGGGCAUCGAGGAUUUCCCCCUCGACCCUGCCCUCUCGGCGGCAACACUCGUCCAGCGAUCUUCUCCCGACAAGAGCUUCGCCUGGCAGAUGGAUGAGGAUUUCACCGCCGGCGAGUUGCAGAUAUCCGACAGUCCACGCGUUAGGGUCGGGACUCGGCCGUUUGCGAGUCGCCUCGGAUUCCGCGACGAUGGAAAGCAAGACUUUGACAGUCUGCCCCGUCUCGCCAAUCCAGGGUCUCGCAACAACAAACUAGACGAAAUCAGGUCGCUCGAGCUUCGCGCAAACGGCAGCCAUAUACCACUAUCAAACCAAACACGGCUGAGGCCACCAAAUACAAAACUCGAAGAAAUACGCACAAGAGAAGGGCAGGUAGAGCGACAGUUUCCCCUUGCCAGCAGACACCUUGACGGACUGAGAAACAAUACCAAACUAGACGACAUCCGGCAGCGGGAGGCCGACGGCGUGUCGAAGCGGGCCUUUGCAGCCGCUCGCCUCCAGGAAAUCAAGGAGCAAAACUCCAUGGCACGUCCGCGUUCCCCUGAUGAGGAUCCCAAGCCUCGUCCGACCUUUGGGCUGGCGCGGCGACGCCUAACAAAGCAAGAGCCAGUCGAUGAUGCAAAGAAGGACGAACAGCCACCGCUUUUGCGUCCAAGGACGUCUUUUGGCGGAGGUGAAUUUGGUCGGCAGACAUCAGACGCACCCGCGACAUUCUUUGGUCGGGAUGCGAGGCGCGUAGAAGAGGAGGACAAGGUUGAAGCGGCAUUUCCAUCUCGAGAACCACUGAAAAGGCUAGAAAUCCACGAGCAGAAACGGGACAACCUGCUGGCAAAGCCCAAACCCUUUGAAAGGCGGCCUGAUGAGCACGACCUGCUGCGCCGGCUGGCAAGGGCCGCCAGCUCCAGCCCGCCACCUGAAGACGAACCCAGAACAAAACAGCUGCCCACUCCUCCGCCAGGUGACGAGGAACGCAAACAAACCACUGCCAAAUCAAUCGCCGACAGGAUCGCUUCUCGCAUUUUUUCAAGACGCGCCUCUGCUGGUGACAAGCCUGCUACUACCACGACUGCCACUACCGCGACUACUACUACGAUAACCGACUUUAAGGAUUCCGAAAAGCCAAAGCCCACCGUGGGAUUCACUGGCCUGCAGCGCUCGCGAUCGGUGGAGUCUGCUAAGAGCAAGCGAUCCAGCAUGCAGUCAGAACCGGACCCGACGGCUAGGAUAGAGGCCGAGAUGAAGCUGUUUGCGCCGUCGGAUAACCAGUCUGAGCGAGGUUCCAUACGCGCGCCAUCCCCGACUCUCGAUGACUCGGACGAAGGUGACGAUGGGCUAGACGAGUCGUCAGCAAUGAUAACAACUCCAAAGCCCAACAAGCCUGACCCUUUGAGUAUGCCGACUCCGACAGUUACGGGAGCCUAUGUCGAGACACCGGUGACAGUCAAGACUGAAAAGCUGGUGCUGAAGCCCGAAUCACCUAUUCCAGAGAUGCAAGAGGAGGUCAAGGCACCUGCAAAGACAUCUGCAGAGCCGCCUGCUUCACUCUUCCAGGCCAGGAGGCCGAGCUUCUCCUCGUGGAGGAGCAGGGAGAGAAGCCAAGACCAGGACACCGCCUCAGAUCCCGGCACGACUGACGACGGCGGCGAUAUUGCGCUGGCCUCGGUGGCUGCAAAGAAACCGCGGGCGAAAUCGUUACCUCGACGCAAGCCACCGAUGAAGAAUUCGGCCAGGCCUCCGUCCGCCAAGGAUGAUUUGAUGCAGCUGCGUCGAGAAUACGACAUGGAAGACUCAACGUUUGAUGACCUGGAUGAGUUUAUCGCCAACGCCAAAAAGGCAGCCAAGCUCGCCGCGCCAGAGAGCGAUCCCCUUCCUCCAUCCACAGUAGCCGCCGACAACUUUGAUCUGGACCUUGAGUCAGAGUCUGAACCCUCUGAUGCGAUUAAGGGCGGGGACCAGAAGGAUGACGAGAUGGCUGCCUUUGAGAGAAUGAACAAGUCGCUACAAACAGGCCUCUUAAGGAUCCGUUCGGCUAAGCAGGGCAUUGAGCGCUUCGAGGAUCGCUUCGAUCGCUAUUCGCGAGCUCAGCCUCAACCGGUAGCUCCCCAACCGGUGGCCCCUCUAGAGAAGACAGAAACCAAGGCCCUGCCUCAAGUGAAGCAGGAGCCAAACCCCUUGGCUCAAGUGAAGCAGGAGACAAAACCCUUGGCUCAAGAGAAUAAGGAUAUAAAACCCUUGAUCCAAGCGAAGAAAGACACAAAGACCAAGGUCCAAGCCCCCAAGGGUCACGCGCAUCACUACCACAAGACUCCCAGGCAAGGUUGCCCGUACUGCAAACCAUCAUUGUCGUCAUCGACAAGCUCUUCUGCCACCCCCGUUACAUAUCUUCAUCUUACACUUCCACAACUCUUCCAUCGAACUCCAACCUUCCACCUUACUUGGCUGGGCGUGUUCACACUGAUCCUCUCGUUGUGGUAUGCCGCCGAGGCGACCAUGUGCUCCAUGUACUGCCGCCCAACAACCUGUCCAGCAUCCAAAUCGCCCUGCGUCUGGUCCUUUGACGACCCCACGGAUUUCGGAACGGCCUUGCCCAUCAAGCUCGACCAGUGGAUCACCGGCGGACAAGGACGUCAAGUCGCAUCUUUCGCGUACGAGGAAGCCUACGACUUUAUCGCCGACAUGCAGGAUCUCGCUCUGAGACGCGACAUUACCCAGGUCGACACGGAGUCGCUUUCUCCUGAGCAGAAGCGUCGGCAUAGACGGCGUCUCCGCAAGAAGGGCCUCGUGGCUUCUGCCAGAGAGCCGCUGCCGGAAGAAAAGGCAAAGUGGGAUGAGUGGCGAGCGCUACGGCUGGCGAAGCAGCGGGCUGAGAAGGGCCAUGACGAGAAGGCCAAGCCGAAGCCUGUGGACGACGAUGAGGAGCAGGGGUGGGUGAAGAUUGGGCGAUGGAGGUGA